AUGUCAUCAUCAGGCUUACAAAGACGCCGUGGAGGUCCAAAAGCAGCAGCAUCGGGGGGUUCUACUACUAAUAACACCGCCAAACCAAGGUCAUCUAACUCAUUUGACGAUGAUUUCACCACUAGUGCCGAUAACUCUGAUCAUAAAAUUGGGAUUGACUCUAGAGAUAUAGUGGAUCGAGCAGAAUUGAAAUUGCCUUUAUUAACGCUUAUGGAAGAAGUUUUGUUAAUGGGAUUAAAAGAUAAAGAAGGAUAUUUAAGUUUUUGGAAUGAUAAUAUUUCUUAUGCAUUGCGUGGUUGUAUCUUGUUAGAACUUGCAUUCCGUAAUAAAAUUACUUUAGUAAAUGAUCCAGCAAGACGUCGUUUUGAAUUAAGUGAUCGUUUGGUUGAAGUGAUUGAUGCAGAACCUACGGGUGAAGUGCUAUUAGAUGAAGCUUUGAAAAUCAUGAAGAGUGAUGAGUCAAAUUUAUCAGUUACCAACUGGAUUGAUUUAUUAUCUGGUGAAACUUGGAAUUUAAUGAAGAUUAAUUAUCAAUUAAAACAAGUUAGAGAAAGAUUGGCAAAAGGUUUAGUCGAUAAAGGUAUUUUAAGAACUGAAAGAAAAAAUUUCUUUUUAUUCGAUAUGGCUACUCAUCCAGUUGCUGAUAAAAUGUCAAAAGAAUUUAUUAAAAAUCGUCUUUUAAAUGUAUUGAUCAAUAGAAAUGUCGAUUUGGAAUCUCUUGGUAAUGACCAGUUCCCAAAAGAUACCUCUUUUAAAUAUUUAAGAACAAUUUCUUUGGUUUGUGGUUCUUAUGCUGCUAAUGUUUUGGAAAACGUCUUAAUGUCUUUAAAUUAUGAUAAAAGAGAUCAAGCUUUUGCUAGGGCUGAUGAAUUAUUAAGUGACUUUAGUGUUUUUCCCUUUAAUUUCAAACAGAGUCAAAGUCCCCUUGGUUUAGGAUUAAAUUUGGGCCAAGAAGUUAAUAAUGAAGUUGAACAAUGUGCUGCUAGUGAAUUACAACUAGAAUUAAUCGCAGCCAUUCUAAGUGUUUUUUCAAGAAUGGAUUCGAUCUUAUGA